AUGAUGUUGAUGCGCAUGGCGAGGCCGCGACUGGCGGCGGGGCGCGGCUGGCUUCAGCGCGCUCCCUUGAGCACGCAGGAGUCUCGAGAUCUGCUGUUGGACAUUGACCGGCGUCACGGACAAAGCUUUACCUACCACGCCGAGCAGGAUCUUGCAGCCAAUGACGGCCGCCCCUUGGUCCUGAUGAUUGGCUGGCUCAACUCGCGCCAGAAACAUCUCAAGCGCUACACGGAUCUCCUUUAUAAUCCUUUGGGCAUGGACGUGAUUACGAUGCUACCUCGCCCGAACCACGUCUUGCUCCCCAGCCACUCGCGUGCAGCUGCUGCGGCCGUCGCUGAGCUCAUCACUGGACCCAUGGCCCAAGGCCGUCCCAUCUUGAUUCAUGGAUUCUCUGUGGGUGGCUUCAUCUGGGGCUGUACCCAAAUGCACUUGAAGGACAACGAUAUGAUUCAAAAGGCCCAAGAGAACCUGCGAGGCGUCGUCUUGGACAGCCCGGUGGAUAUCGAAGGUAUUCCUUAUGGAAUGAGCAGUGCCUCAUUCACCAAUCCAGCCGCCGUGGCCUUGAUGACCGCCUUGUUGCAAGGCGUCCUAGCGCUCAACCGACCUGCACUUCGUCUGUAUCACCAGUCCUCCACCACGUUUAAGCAAAAUCCAUUGGCUCUGCCGCAGCUGGUCAUCUUCAGUCAUUUCGAUCCCAUCACUGACGCUGAUCGCAUCGAGCAAGUCAUGACUGGCUGGGAAAGCCAAGGACAUGAUGUAACCCGUUGUAUCUUUGACGACUCUGAACAUGUCAUGCACAUGCGCCGCUACUUUGAUGACUACAAGCGCGCCUUGGAAAACUUUGUUCUCCCAAAGUUUGCGUCAACUUGA